AUGGUCAAACUUAUUUUAUACGGUGUCGAUCUUAGCCCUCCAGUUCGUGCCUGUUUGCUUACACUGAAAGCCUUGAAUUUACCCUAUGAAUAUAAAGUGGUCGAUUUAUUGGCCAAGGAACAUUUAAGCGCCGAUUUCUUAAAGAAGAAUCCCCUACACACAGUUCCCGUUCUCGAAGAGGAUGGUCAAUACAUUUGCGAUUCGCAUGCCAUUAUUUCAUAUUUAGUUGAUAAAUAUGGCAAAGAUGAUUCCCUUUAUCCCAAGGAUUUGCUAAAACGUGCCUUUGUCGAUCAACGUAUGUACUUCGAAGCUAGCAUCUUGUUCCAAAGAGGUUUGCGCAACAUCACCGUUCCAUUGUUGGUCAGAAAUGAAACUAAAGUCUACAAACAACAAAUUGAUGAUAUUUUGGAAAGUUACGAAUUCCUUGAAGCAUUCCUUAAGGAAAACAAAUAUAUCGCUGGCGAUCAUUUGACCAUUGCCGAUUUCAGUGUUGUUACAUCGGUUACCUCAUUGGUGGCUUUUGCUGAAAUCGAUGCCAGUAAAUUCCCCAAAUUGUCAGCUUGGUUGAAGACCCUCGAGGCAUUGCCAUAUUACAAAGAAGCCAAUGAAGUUGGAGCUAAGCAGUUAGUUUCGAUUAUUAAGUCAAAGAACUUCACCAUUGUUCCUUAA